AGUGUAAUCUUUUCCAAGUACAUUUGCAUACUAAUGAAAUGCAAAACAGCCUUUGGAAACAGCUGAGUGACUUACAAGGCGCCUCACUGGAAUGGGACAGGCAAGGCCCCAUCCUGCAUGAGAUAAAAUACACCUGAGAUGCAGAACAUUUUGUCUUCAGAAUUCUACUCGUUUCUAGUGUUGAGUAAAAAGUCAUCCUUCCGACGACUACUUUUUCAAAUGCAUUGAUUCCUACCAUUCUUAGAGGUUGCAUUUUAUCAAAUGACAACAUAUGGGGAAUGAUCUGUAAAGUGCAAAGCCUUAUCUAGAUGACUAGCCCUUUCCAACACCUACGGUCAAUCUUCGAGGAUGGACACGCUACCUUCCCAGCGAGUCAGGUUCCGGUGCCACCAGGCUAAGUCGAGCCGGUUAAGUGGCAGCUGUGCCUCAUUUUCCUCUGUUAGCUCCGCUCUUACCGGCCCCACAGCCAGGAACCCGACAGAGCGGGAGACUCCGGCGUCACCAAUUUUCUUCCAGGUCCCCUCCCUUUCCUACCAGGGAGUCCCAGGCCAGCGAUCACUCGGCACUCCGCUGCUCUUGCCUGUCGGUUGCUAGGAGUUGGAACCGCGCAGAAGCUGUCAGUGGCCGCCGUAGGCCCCGCCAGCGGUAGCUCGGCUCUCGGAUGCUCUUGCCUGCCGGUUGCUAGGAGUCGGGGAUACGCAGGCGCUUCGGGGAAGGCCGAGGGGUAUGCCGAGCCAGCGGUAGUUCGACUCUCCUCCGCGCUAGCCUGCCAGUUGCUAGGAGUCAGCGACGCCGGCCCCGCGGAGAAUUCAACACCGGGGGCCAGUCGUACCCCGGCCGAGCCUGUGGGCGUAGCGCAGCGCGCCUCUUGGGCCUGCGAACGGCGAUGGAGCCCGGGAAGAGAAGAACCAAAGAUGAUACAUGGAAAGCAGACGACCUCAGAAGACACCUUUGGGCUGCACAGUCAGGGACUCCCAGGGAGGAUAAGAAGCACAAGGAGAAGAAGUCACAUAAGGACUUGGACGCGGAUGUCCCGGGGUUCAAGGAGCAGAAGCCCAGGGAUCCAGACCGGGAGACAAAGCGCCAAGACAGGGUGGCAGACAGAGAUGGCCACAGCUCCAGAGAGCAUCCCCACGGGCACAGAGACAGGGAGAAGCCACGGGAGAGGAGAAGGGAUGCCCAGGACUGGGACAGAGAGAGGCUGAGGGACAAGGCCCUAGAGCAGGAAGUGGAGAAGCACCAGAGCCGAGGCAAAGACCGGGAGAGGGAGAGGGACCGGCAGCGUGAGCACGACGACGGAGAGAUCCGUGCGCGGUGGGAGGAGCCCAGGCUGGCCACCAAGCACCACAACCUGCUGGGCCUGGACGCAGGCAGGCUGCCCCCCGACCUACACAAGCACCGGGUGCGGUCAGUAAGUAAAGUAAGGGCUGAAGAGAAGGAGAGGAGAGAGGAGGACUCGGAAAGAGACGAAGAGAGAGAAAGAAGAUACCGGGAAAGGAAGUUGCAGUAUGGAGACAGCAAGGACAACCCCCUCAAGUACUGGCUUUACAAAGAGGAGGAGGGAAGAGGACACAGGAGGCACAGAGAGCCUGACCGAGGACGGAGGCAUCACGAAAAAAGCAGCACCAGGGAGAAAAGGGAGAGGCACUCGAAAGAAAAAAGCAGCUCGCUCUCCAAAAGGGAAGAGGACACAGGGCACAAAGAGAAACGCCGCGAGGAAGGCCUUCACUUCAGCGAUGAGAGGCACCAUGGUCGUGUGGACAGAAGAGAGAGGUCGUCGAAAGAAGAGCGCAGGAAAAGGGAGCCCAAGAAUGGUGAACACAGGAACCGAGGUGGAAGUUCAAAGAGAGACGGGACUGGCGGCCAGCACGCGGAGAUCGAAGUGAGGAACAGUGGGAGAGAGGACACAAGAAGGAAGGAAAUUGAAAAGGAAGACAUCGACUUAGAACAUGUUGGAGCUGGUGGCUCUGUGGCCAGUUUUGAAGAUGAUUUUGAAGACUACGAAGAUGACUUUGAGGUUUGUGAUGGAGACGAUGAUGAUGACGAUGACAGGACCAAUGAGCCAGAAUCAAGAGAGAAGGCGGAAGAACUUCCUCCAGCCAGACGGAAAGAGAUACAGGACGUCCAGGACGCCAUCGACGCAGAGAACGAGAGGGUCGGCGAGCUGGCUUCGAAGCUGAAGCCCCGCAGGACGGAGCCUGAGAAGGACCCGGAGACGGAUGCGAACAGUUCGUCUUCCAGGGCCCCUGUGUGUGGAAUAUUCGUGGACUUUGCAGCCGCCUCACAUCGUCAGAAGAGUCGGACUCAGGCCCUUAAGCAAAAGACGCGCAGCACGAAGCUGCUUCGGCUCAUUGACCUGGAUUUUUCAUUCACAUUCUCUCUGUUGGAUCUGCCACCAGUAAAUGAAUACGACAUGUACAUCAGAAACUUUGGGAAAAAAAACACCAAGCAGGCGUACGUGCAGUGUAACGAGGACUGCGUGGACCGCGACGUGCAGACGGAGGAGACGGAGACCCGGGCGGUGUGGACGCAGCACCCAGGGGAAGGCUCGGCCACGUCUGGGGGGAGCGAGAACAGAGGCCCCCGUGCUGCGGACAUGCUGAAGAUCAACACGCCUCGUCUGUCCAGUUUCCUCCGGGCGGCCUGCCAGGUGGUUGCAGUUUUGCUGGAAGAGGACCGUGUGGCGACGGCCCCCGGCCGGGACCCCAGCGUGCAGGGCAGCACCCUGCCCCUCAGCACCAGCUCCUGUCCGCUGAACACCAGCCUGCCCUUCCUGCAGCAUCGGACCGUGUCCUGCCUGCAUGCCUCUCAGGUUCAGAGCCGCGUGGUGGUGUCUGUGCACGGUCUGCCCGAGAAGGCCUUUGCCACGCCGCUGGACGGCAGACACGUGCUCUGCGUGUGGGACAUCCGGCAGCCCUCAGGGCCGCAGAAGGUCCUGGUCUGCGAGUCGCAGGUUACCUGCUGCUGCCUGAGCCCCUCCAAGGCCUUCCUGCUGUUUGCGGGGACUGCCCACGGCUCAGUCGUCGUGUGGGACCUCCGAGAGGACGCUCGGAUGCACCACUAUGUCAGGCUGAGCGACUGCUGCUGGACGUUCAGGACGGCGACGUUUUCCACAGACGGCCUCCUCUCCUCCGCGGGCCACUGCAGCCCCCUGCGUGCCGUGGAGCCCGUCUCUGCGUCCAGCUGCAAGAAGCAGAGUCUCGUCCUCUCGCCCUUCUCUGCCCAGGAAGAAAUGUCGGGCUUGUCAUUCCACAUCGCAUCCUUGGAUGAGAGUGGGGUUCUCAACGUGUGGGUGGUCGUCGAAUUACCAAAGGCAGACGUGGCAGGUUCAGUAAGUGAUUUAGGGUUACUGCCUGGAGGGAGGAUAAAGUUGGUGCACAGCGCUGUGUCUCACCUGAGGGACAGCCUUCCCCACAAAGGCGAUGGACGCUGGGGGGCCCCGCAGACACUGGGCGUUAAAUUUCUGCCCGCGGACCCUGAUCGCUUCGUCGUGGGCACCAACGUGGGUGUUGUAGGCCACGGUGCCAGGCAGGGGCUGAGGGUACCCCCCAAGUGCUUCAAGCCCCGCCAGCGAGGCCCAAGGCCGGUCAGCGUGAGUGCAAUCGACUUUUCGCCAUUCGGAGAGCCGCUGUUCUUGGCCGGCUGCAGCGACGGCAGCGUCCGGCUUCACCAUCUGGCCUGCGAGCGGCCGCGCCUGCAGUGGGACCGCAGCACCGGGGGCCGCGCCGUCGCCGGCCUGCAGUGGUCCCCGACCAGGCCCGCGGCGUUUUUCGUCUGGGACGACGCUUCCUGCCUUUACAUCUGGGACCUCCUGGAGAGCGACCUGGGCCCCGUGGCCCAGCACCGUGUCUCCCCAGACGGGCUGGUGACCUUGACCGUCGUGGGCGAGCCCGAGAAAACCAGUGGCGGCUUCCUGGCCCUGGUGCUGGCCAGAGCCUCGGGCCGCGUGGACGUGCAGCACGUGAAGAGCCAGUGGGCGGUCCCGGUGGCGGACGAGCAGAGGCGGCUGCAGCGGCUCCUGCAGGAGGCACUUUAGGGGGACAGACAGCGGGGCGUCAUCCCCACUGGGGCCUGUCACGUGUGAGCAUGUGUGCUGUGUACAUAGAAUACAUAUGUUCUGUACAGAAUUCAUGUUACAGUAUGUCAUAUCAUGCUGUAACAUGAUGUUCCCAGAAAAUAAAUUAAUGUUUUUGAA